AUGGCUGAUAAAUUAAUAAAAAAACGUAGUUCAAUGAAGGCUAAGCUUACAACGUUUAGCAAUUACUUAGAUGUGCUUAAAAGUUGCGAUAACUUAUCCACUUUACAACGCCUUGAAUUAGACAGUCGCUAUAGCAAAUUUGAUGCUUUAUAUGCUGAAUUCGACGAUUUACAGACUGAGAUCGAGUUAUUAUCAGAAAAGCCUGAGGAAGCCUACACAGUUCGUGCCCAGUUCGAAGAACAAUAUUAUGCUUUGGCUGCGUUAGCACGAAGCUUGCUGUCCGGUAACGAGAAACCGCGUGACUCAGCAGGGUUUGUAACAGGCUCUGAAGACUCGAUGGCAGGUGGGCUUAAAAAUAAUUUCAUACGUUUACCGAAAAUUGAUUUGCCCUACUUUGAUGGUAGCUAUCAGUGCUGGCUCGAGUUCAGAGACACAUUUUCUUCUUUGAUCCAUGAUAAUAAUUCUAUCGAUAAUAUAAGUAAAUUCCACUAUUUGCGUGCCGCUCUUAAGGGAACUGCCGCAGAAAUUAUUAAAAAUAUGGAUUUUAAAAGUGAUCAGUAUAAAUUAGCGUGGGAUUUAUUAUGUGAGCGAUAUGACAACAGUCGACUUUUGAUAAAUAAUCACGUGCAAGCCUUAUUCAAUAUUGAGCCUAUUGUUAAAGAGUCAAGUAGUUCCAUACGUAAUCUCAUCGAUGUUACUAAUAAAAAUAUACGGGCGCUUAAGAUAUUGAAUGAGCCUACUCAAUACUGGGAUACUCUUGUUAUUUACAUGAUGUCAAUGAAAUUAGAUAGUGCAACUAGUAGACAUUGGGAAGAGUAUCGCAAUACUUUGUUAUCUUCACCUACUUUGCCUCAAUUUUGUACAUUUUUAAAUAAUAAAGCUGAUUUAUUAGAAACCAUAGAAGAUCAAAAUUUCAUUAAAAUAAAUAAAACAGAAAAUUAUAAAAACAAAACCCUUUUAAUUACGUCUAAUAAUAAUUAUUUGAAUAAAAAUCAAUUAAAUAUUUCUACAAUAAAAUGUCCUUUAUGUUCUCAAAAACAUAAUUUAUACAGUUGCGAAUCUUUUAGAAAUUUACCAAUUGAGACACGCAUUCAAAAGGCAAAAGAGUUUAAACUUUGCUUGAACUGCUUACGUUCAGGUCAUUUUGAAAAUAAAUGUAAGUUAUCUCAUUGCAAAUAUUGCAGAAGCAAACAUAAUACUCUUUUGAAUCUUGAACAACCUGGACCUUCUAUUCGCAAUCCCUUGCCUAAAAAUGAAAACGUUUCUCUUUCUGCUAAUAUUGUACCUACACAGAAUACUACGCGUUCGCAUGUCUUACUUUCCACAGCGUUGGUGCAAGUUGUAAGCAACGACGGCAAGAAAUACAGCGCGCGAGUGCUACUCGACAAUGGUAGUACUUCCAAUUUUAUAACGGAGUCUUUUUGCACAAAGCUUGGUUUGUUCCGACGCGAUGCAAGCUCCACGACAAUCACAGGUGGAAGUCAUAAUCGUCUUAUUGUUAGUAUGUAUUUAAAAUUUAAAAGAAGUGAGAACGAGACAGUAGAGUCGGCCGCGCGGCGCUCGGUGGGUGCCGGAUGGUGGGUGGUGGUGGUAGUGACGUACAUAAUAUGUAUUGUA